GUCAUGCGCAUGACUGAGUCUGUGACCGUAGCCAACACACCCGGGGGCUUCACCACCUCGCCUCGAGGGUACAAGAUACAUUCCUAGCUCAAAUGGCUCUCCUCAGUUAGUCUCGAACCCCUCUCCCACCUACCGGUCGUGCUGGUCACCCUGGCAUCAAACAGUUCAUCGUGCUGGUCACAUCUACCUUCCGCCCGUCUCGCCUCUUCAUCUAGCGACUAUACUUGUACAUUACAACUUUAGCACCAUGCGCGUUCCGUCCGUUCUUCUUUUGGCGAUCUUAUCGCUCUCAGUCUUUGCCCAUCCGAUCCUAGAAUUUUCCGGUAGACAAGCCUUUGGCGAGGAAUAUCCUUUGCAGAGAAGCAUCGUCGACGAACUGUAUGAUGACCAGGCACUCGUUGUGCGGGAAGGGGCUUUGAAGAAACUUGCCAGCAAGAUUUCCAGCAGCUUUGGGUCGAACAAUCAAAACUACAAAAAGCUUGCGCUCCAUAACGAAAAUCCCAAUGACGCGACCAAUAGAUUAAGGAACGCAGCAAUUAACUCUCGUCUAGACUUUCUCGACGCAGAGCGCGAGCGUCUGGGUUACCAAAGACGCCACGAAAACAGAGCCCAUCCAUCCAGUUCGCAUGCGGAACAGGCAGGGAGUACCCCCAGGAAAAGAAAACAACUUGCUGCGGAAGCCAAAGACAAGGCGUACGACACUCAUCACCAAGAAUCAGUAUGGAACUUGGGCAGAGCCAGGGACGCACACGCGAAGACCACGAUCGACAAAGCUACUGCAAAAAAGCAGCUCGCAAUCCUUACCCGUGCUCAUCGAAAAGAAAAGGAUCCCCUCUACAAAUCGAAAUUGAGCAACUCGAUAAAAGAACAAGAAAAAGUCGUUAGCGAAGCGAAAAGAGCAAAGCAAGUUACUGGGGCCCAGGUUGCUGAGUGGGAGAAGUAUGCAACAGAGAAGCCUUUGAACGACUUCGCCAUCGGUAAAUGGUUUUGA